AUGUGCCACGGCGAUGAGAAGCAGUCCGCUGAAGCUACACAGAGAGCACCUGUUGAGAUCCCAUACCAAGGUUUGGUCUUCACUGAACCUAAGGGCAAUCUGAUUCCAGUUUAUCACUGGAUAAACAAAACAGACGGCCAAUUCUACGCAUGUGAUCCGAUAAGCGCCGUCACUCUAGAGGCCACGGAGGGAUACAAGAAGAGUGGAAUUGCUUGGUACAUCUAUCCCAAGCGACAGGACGACACUAAAACACUCCCUUUGGUCCGUUGGUAUGACCCAGUGAAGGGAACCUAUCGAUACACAAUUAGCGAGGCGAGCUUGCUUCCUCCAGCCCCAGAAUGCAGACGCCAGGCUAUUCUAGGUUAUAUACCCAUACAGGCUAACAACGCCAUUCCACCACCCGGGCAGAUUGUUAUCCCCCUUCCAGUCUUAGUACCCACCAUCCUUUUUACCUUCGACCCGGCUUUUACAGACGAAGAACGAUAUCAGAUUCUCCGUGGGCACCAAACUGGCUACGACCGCGCGGGUGUCUGUACCUUUCUCACAGCGCAACAGGCCAAGGAGGUGCGCGAGCUAUACUGGGUACAAAUCCACCAUGGUAUUGACGCAGACCCAACGCACAAUGCCAGUACUAUACCCGGCAGCCGUUUCAUCGAUGUCAACAAUACCAACUUGCUCCCACUGUCAAAUGAUGAGAUUGCGCAGACGCUAUUGCACGAGAUCUACAGACGCCCCAUAUGA